GCAGCCUCGGCGACGCUUCCACCAGCAACAUCCGUCGUGGUUGCUGGAUCGGCAGGCUUUGCGGGUCAGGAAGCGGGCGAGCAGGGGCGUGUGGCGGCGAGAUGCCGCUGGGGUUGAAGCCGACAUGCAGCGUGUGUCGCACCACCUCCUCCUCCAUGUGGAAGAAAGGAGGGCAGGGCGAGAUCCUUUGCAACAACUGCACGGGGCGCCCAGGGCCGCCCGGGGGCGGAGGGGCCGCUCACGCCACCACCUCGGCUGCCGCGCAGCACAGCAACGGCGGAGGGGCCGGAGGGGGGAGCGGCGGCGGAGGGAAGCAGAGUAAGCAAGAAAUUCACAGGAGAUCUGCUCGAUUAAGGAACACAAAGUACAAAUCUGCUCCAGCAGCUGAAAAAAAGGUUUCCACUAAAGGAAAAGGAAGAAGGCAUAUUUUUAAGUUAAAAAAUCCCAUCAAAGCUCCAGAGUCUGUAGCCACUAUAAUUACAGCAGAAUCUAUCUUUCAUAAGGGAGUUUACUAUCAGAUUGGAGAUGUUGUUUCAGUAAUUGAUGAGCAGGAUGGUAAAACAUACUAUGCUCAAAUUAGAGGGUUUAUUCAAGACCAGUACUGUGAAAAAAGUGCAGCUUUAACAUGGCUCAUUCCUACUACAGCUAGCCCCAAAGACUGUUUUGACCCUGCAACUUACAUAAUAGGACCGGAAGAAGAUCUCCCAAGGAAAAUUGAAUUCUUAGAUUUUGUUUGUCAUGCGCCUUCAGAGUAUUUCAAGUCUCGGUCAUCUCCUUUUCCUACCAUUCCUACCAGACCGGAAAAAGGUUAUAUCUGGACUCAUGUUGGACCUACUCCAGCAAUCUCGAUCAAGGAAACAGUAGCCAGCAGCUUAUAGUCUUAGAUAUGUUCAAAAUUCUUGUAUGUUAAGUUAUCUACCUUGCCCUAGAAAUGGCAUUUAUUUAUUUUAAAAAAAUAUAUGGGUGCCCCCAUUAAAAUUAAGUCUUCAGCUUCUCUAAAACUUGCUUUUCUUUUCUGUCAAAUGUAUCUUACCCACCUCUGUUUUGAGUUCUACACCUUGUAUUUGUCUCAUUUGUAUUAUGUGAAAUAUGGAGAUAAAAAAAUAAGACCAUCUCUGAUGAUGCAAAAUAGGUAAAAUUCCCUGCAUGUUUUGCCUAAGAGGUUUUUUUCAGAGGAAUCUGUUAGUGGUUUUUUUUUUCCAGAGAAGAGUAUAAAUUCAGUAGCCAGAUUCCCCGACAAAGCCUUUUGGGUGAAACAGAUAGGGAAUUUUAUCUAAUAAAAUAUUUUCACCUGUUUUUCACCAUCUGUCAUGGCCUUAUUGUUUUAAAUCUUCUGGGACUGGUACAGCCCUUUUAUUUCACCUUAUGUAGAAGUAUUCCAAACGUUAUUUAUGAAAUGUUACUACUUUCCCCAGAUAGUGUCUAUCUAUGUCUACGUGCAAAAGGAUGUUGAUCUAACUACUAGAACUUGACGUGGGAGUGGGUGAGUGGGUAUCGGGAUCCAGCUGAAAAACCUUGUUUCAUUCCAAAAAAUGUCAAUGCUCUGUGAUGAUGGUUUGAAAUGUGGGUUGAAAACACAUUCUGAUACUAAUUAGGUGUGAGGCUGGUAAAUGCCUAGCUAGGAGAUCUAGGAAAGGCUUUUGUGUGCUGCUGAGCUUAAUGAAGGAUGGAAGACAGGACACACAUUUAGAAUUAAAACUUUAAAAAGUAAUGUCAACUAAGCAGGCUUGGGAGUAACCACUUAGUCUGUAGUGAAUAGAGUAUGCAAGACAGAGAAGUCUGAGGAAACUGAUUUUUUGUACGAUGCACCAAGUGUUUAAUGGUAUAGGCCAUUAGUAAAAUAUUUGAUGGCUACUAUAUUUUGUUGAUUUAAUUUAUAAGUUAUCACUCAAGUUAUAUGCAUACUUGUAAUCUACAAACAUGAUCACAAAAUAGUGAUCGAAACUUAAAAUGUAGUUUUGAAGCCUCUUAAAAUGAAGCUUUGUUCCACAUGUCCUUGCUAAAAAUUUCAUCAUACUUAUGUACAGAAAUGCACACAUAUAAGCACAUAAGGUACUUCAGGUGUUCCUUGAAUGCCUUAGGGGGUCUUAUAGCUCGGAAGAAGCUUUUAUACUCUUGUUCACUAGUACAGAAUUGAAAAAUGUUAACAAUUCAUUAUGCAACUCAAUGGGAAAAAUGCAAAUGCAGCCUUUAUUUAAAGUAACUACAUAUAUAUAUAUGAUAGUUUAUAUUAAAUACUAAAAUAGCAACAUGGUUGCUACAGAAUAGAAGUUUUUUUUUAAAGGCUUAGUUUCCUUUAAAGCAUUUGUGGAUCCCCCUCAUUUCUCAGAUCAGUAGUUACUCGUAUGCUGAUCACUCUGCUAUUUACUUAGAGCUAAGCAACUUUGAUGUUCAUUUAAAAAAAAAACAAGCCUAGACCUAUUGUAUAUCUUCUGUUUAUUGGUACCUUUUAGACGUAUGCUGUGUACCAAAAUGUUUCUUAACCUUCUUUUCAAUGAUCAAUAAAAAGCAAAAACAUU